UCUCUCUCUAUACCUUAUUUAUAUGUAACAGCAAACUUCUGGCGUUGUUUCAAUUUAAACCGAAACAAAAACGUUUAAGUAUUUUCUCUAGUGCUUGUUGUAAAUCCAUUAAAAAGUUGGUGAAAAAUGAGCUAUGACAGUUAUUUAGAUAUAUGUUUGGCAAAGUAUCAGAAUCCAGACAGAACCAAAACUGAAGUUAAAGAGGUUAUGUCGGCAUUUCAAGACUUCAGGCCAAAGUUUGAAGAAUUUAAAACUUCACCUGAUGAAACAAAGCUUCUGCUCCAUUUGCAUGGAACAGUUCCCGCAAUUUGGAAAGGUAAUACGUAUAAUACACCUAUAGCUGUAUGGAUAUCAGACGAACACCCUAACACGGCGCCGACGGUGUUCGUCACAGCUUCAACGUCCAUUAUCCCCAAAUGGUAUAUGGAUAUAAAUGGAAAAGUAUAUACAGGAUACAUAAAACAGUGGAACCAAAACUCUUCAUUACUGGAACUUAUUUCUGAUUUGGUAGAAGUGUUCGGCCAAACAAUACCAUUAAGUCACUACAUAUCUAGUUCGGAUGAUCGAUCGAAAUCCAUUGAGGAUCUUCAACUUUCCAACUAUAAAGACCCAGAAAAGACCAAACGGGAUGCUCUUAGAAUUACUGAAUUCUUUUCAGAUAUCAGGGUGUUAUUUGGAGAACAAAAUUUUCCAGACGGGACAAAAAAGCAAAAACUAUCCUUAAGUGGAACAGUGCCCGUCGAAUUUCAGGAUUCUAUGGACACUAUCCCUUUGUUUAUAUCUUUGAUGGAACAACACCCUGGCGAGGCACCUAAUGUUUCUGUAAAACCAGCUUCUAAUAUGGUGGUAAAUGAAAAGUGUGCUUAUGUUGAUCAGACGGGGCUAGUAAAAACUCCUUACCUUACAGGAUGGAAACAUCCAAACUCUGACCUUGUGGGAUUAUUACAAGACUUAAUUGUAAAGUUUGGGAAAAUGCCACCGCUGUUAAAAAAAACAUCGGCCACCGUAAAUAUCUUACAAGGUACAUGCUGUCCAGGAUCGAGUAAUAGCUAUCCUAACAACGGUAGCGUUCCGGGAAGACCACCACACGAAGGAAACAGCUACAACACAGCGACUGAUGACGCUAGGAAGUAGUUGGACGCCGUAAAUAGUGAUAAAGUACUCAAAGAGCCUGUCAAAGAUGACGAUUUGUGUAUAAUCUGUACUUUAUUACGUCUGGGAGAGAUUUCGUGUAGAAUGGAAGAGAAAGUUUUGUAAAUUAAUAGACACAACAGAAAAAUGAUUUUACAAAACAAAAAUUAAUAUUUAGAAAUGAUGAAAUUAAAGAGCCUCCAGAUGACGGGACUAUAAAUAAUUUUAUUAGAUUAAUAUUCCAUUUGAUGUAGCCUGAUUAGAAUUUUUACUUAUUCUGACUCUGUGUAGUGUUUAUCAACUACGACAGCGAUUCUGAUUUACAUAUAACGUCACAUGAGUGCUUAUUCCGGAAAUAAAAUUCUGAAUGUAAACACAGUGCCCGUUCUUUACUUGUAUUGUUUGACAAAUUUGAUCGUAUCUCGGCGCUAUGUCCACAGUAUCGGAUUUCCCGGAUAACCGAUUCCAUCGCAUUUGACCCACUACUAAUCUACAUGAGUUUGUUACACAACUUUCAGAAGUUUUAUUGGAACUUCAGACAGCUCGUUGGUAUAAUGAGUUGCAUCGAGUCACCGGUUUGAGUGGAAAUGGUCGAAAUAAGCAUAGGACAGAUAAAAUUUUCAAAGAUUCCUACGCUAAUGAACAUUAUUGUAACAUUAAUUUACCAUUGCUUCAUAGUCUUCUCAGAGUUUAGGUGCGGUGUUGCACCAAUAAAGUUACAGACAGGUCGAUAUGAAAAUCUUACAGAAAUUCAAAGAAUAUGUCAGUUGUAUUAUAAUUGUACUGAAUCAGAGCUCCAUGUUUUGCUAAAAUGCCCAAUGUAUGUAAGGGAGAGACAAAUACAGUUUUAUAAAGUCUGAAUAUUAGUAUAAUUUCAAUGUGUUAAAUGAUUCAGAAAAAUCCUAAUAUGAUUAGAACAACUGCAGAAACUAUUUAUAAUAUGUUGAUCACUUGAAACAAUGCUCAUACAGUAUGUCUUUAGCCAUUAAGUAAUGUUUUAAAUUAUGUCUAUACAAUUUAUGCUGAAAUGUAUCAUUGUCACAAUUUUUGUAUGCUCUGUAAAGUGUAAGUUUUUACCUAUUACUUAAUGUUUUAAUUCUUUUAGUAUGCAUAAUGUAUGCUGAAUUCGUAUCCAUCGCUACUUCGUGUUAGAAAUUGCUUGCUUAACCGUUUGCAACAAGAUUCCUGUGGUGAUUUUCUUCUUACACAAAUUCAACAAUUAAUAUCAUUUCAACCUGGUAAUGUUAUAAAGUGGCUGCAUGAUUAGCAAGGAAUAUCUAAACCUUUAUAUUAAAGAGUUGGUGUACAAAUAUGUAAAAUUUUGUAGUCUCUCACAAUUCUAUUUCCAAAGUACGAUAUUAAUAAAAUGUAAGUAUUGAUUUCAUGAAUUGUACAAUGAUACCAUUUAAAUAAAAGAUUAAACUACUAUUACACAAUUGGUAUUGUACACUUCCUUUGAAUGAGUGGAUUGGCAACGCGAUAAGUGUCAAACAGAUUUACACAUAACCGGUUGUUUUUUCCCAGCUUGUUUACAAUAUCAUUCAUUUACAUGUGUUUAGAGGAACCGAACAAAAUAUGUUGGCAUCAAAGUCAUAUCCGAUAAAGAAUAAAAUCACAUGUUCUGAUCAUUUUCAGAAUGACAAUUAACCUCGGUUAUACAAUACUUUUAUAUGAACUAUUUCAAGACCUCUUUAUUUACCAAUAGAUAAUAAUAUUUCAAAA